AUGUCGUUUUCCAGUCAUACAUCUGGUAACAAAAGACAAUCCAGUUCUCUGACUGACCUCACGUUGGACAGCGCUUGGGAUCAGCAAAAGACUCACUUAUUCCCGAAAUCCUCCAUGAGGCCCAAGAGCGCCUCGUCUCCCUGGAUCCCCUCCGUCACCAUCCCGCAGCCCUUCCGAAUGACCCUGCGCGAAGCUCGCAGGAGGUCCCAGCUCAUGAAGUCACACGUGUUUCUUGACCUAGACAAACAGCAAGACAAAAGGCAAAGCCAGGACGAAGCAGAAUGCCAGAAACAAUUCCGGGCGCAGCCCGUGCCUGCCCACGUGUUCCUGCCUCUCUACCAGGAGAUAAUGGAACAAAACGAGAUUCGCAGGCAAAUAGCAACGCAGAAAAGAAAGGAGUUGUUGCUCUCCAGUCAGCGGCCCUUCAGUUUCCUGGAGAAGGAGGAGAGGAAGAAAGAAGCCAUCCGACAGAAGUUCCUGGCAGCAGCAACCCCGAAAGAGAGCUCCAAACAGAAGCAAGUCAGUAGAAAAGUCCCCAAGUCCACAUAUGACCCACUUGGAGAUAAACUCAAAGAAGCUGAACUCCUCAGAGAAAUACGCAUUCAGAUGAGAGCCAAGGACUUGCUAGAAAGCUCCGUAGCUCCCAUUGAUCCUAGCAACUGUAAGAGGGAACCUCAGUCCCGAACUGCCACUAGAACUAAGCAAGAAAAGCUCAGCUUCUUGCAGGACAAAAGCUUCAGCUUCAAGCCAAGGAUUAAUCUGACAGUACCCGACUUUGAAGGACUUUACUGGGCCUUUCAGAGGGAUGCAAUAAGGAGAUGUGAAAUCAAGGAGGCAACUCGUACUAAGCCUUUUAAACUAAGGACAUCCAAUCUCCGCUGCAGGCAGAGGCAGGCUAACGAGAAGACCAAGGGUUCGCAGCAACUUUCCAAGGUUUCCGUGCAUAAAAGUCAUUCUCUGACUGGACUUUCUUCUCUGUCUUCCAAUACCCUUCCGGUGCAUAUUACGGAUGCCACAAGAAAACGAGAAUCUGCUAUUAGAUAUUCCCAAGACAAGAAAAAGGAGAGGGACAAAGAAGGAAAUAAUUGGCUGGAGAAACACAAAAGGAAGUGCCAAGCUAUCCAUAAGUCAGUGAAUAGCCGAGCAAAAGCCCUGGAUCCGCAUAAAAGUUUGGAGGAAACACACAAAGAGAAGGCAAAACAGAACUGGCAAAGUAUCACUGAAAGAACAAAGGAAUAUAGAAAGGAGCUGGAAGAAAUGCAGCUGCGAGUCAAGAACAGACCAUACCUCUUUGAACAGGUCACCAAGCAUGGUGCUCGUCGAGAAGCAGAGCGUCACUACAGACGCACCCUCCAGCAGGUUGGGCUAACUGAAGAAUUCAUAAGGAAAAAAGGAGAAGAUGCCCCAGGCUUUCUGGAAGAAGAUUCUGACAUUCACGGGUAA